AUGAGCGUGUCGCUGUACUUGGCCUACGGAACUCUGCUCGUUACAGCAUCGAGCGUCGUCUAUCUCGGCAGCUUGGCUUCGCUGCACACACCUGAGGCGACCAAGGCACUUCGCAAGAAGCAUGGUCAGUCCGAGCUGGACGAGGACGAAGAGUACACGGAAGGCAUGUCAUCCGAUCAUGCUUGGCUCUUCCCUGUAUUUGGCAGUGCUGUACUCUUAUCGCUUUACCUUGCUUUCAAGUACCUGGAGAAGGACAUGAUUCUUAUGGUGAUCAACGCGUACUUUGCGCUGGCCGGCUGCCUUGCGAUUCCUAAUGUCCUGGUGCACCUGUGCCGUAUUAUGAUGGGGCCGCAUGUGUUUGGCUCUUGGCAGAAGAAGGGGAUCGUGUUUUGCACGCAGCCCUGCCUUUUGAAAAGCUAUUCACCAGCUACGCCUGCGCCUAAGCCCACGUCGCACAAGAAGGGGAUGUUGUACUUUUACGAGAAGGUGAGUGUUCCCACCUUGGUCUUCUUUGGACUGGUGUGUGGGAUCAUAGCGAUCUACCUCAUGACGAAAAACUGGAUCCUGGCCAAUGUGAUUGCGAUCUGCCUUGCAAUUCAGGGCAUUAUGUUGAUCACGCUCGACUCGUUUGCGACAGGCUUUAUUCUACUUGGCGGUCUGUUCCUCUACGAUAUCUUCUGGGUGUUUGGCAGCUCCAAGUUUGCCGGUCAGUCUGUCAUGGUCAGCGUGGCGACCAACUUUGACGGCCCCAUCAAGAUUGUCGUGCCUCGUAACGUCUUGGAAGUGCUUGAGACCAUCCAAACCUUGGGCUGGAAAUUUAGGCCUGCGCUUCAGUUCUCGCUUCUGGGUCUCGGCGAUAUUGUCGUGCCUGGUGUAUUUGUGGCGCUUGCACUGAGCUUUGACCAGAAACUUGCUUCUGAGAAACGCCCCAGUCUCACGUUUACGCGCUUCUUCUACGACUUCCCGAAACCGUACUUUACAGCUUGCAUGUCUGGCUACGUUCUUGGCCUCGCAAUGACCAUGGGCGUCAUGCAUGUAUUCAAGGCAGGGCAGCCAGCCCUUCUAUACCUCUCGCCAGCCUGCUCGUUCGCGGCCCUUCUUACUGCCUAUGCUCGGAAUGAGAUCAAAGAUAUGUGGUCGUGGGUCAACCCUGCGUCGCAAGAGCCUAAGAGCUACGACACCCAAGCAUCGUCGGACAAGACCGAGUAA